AAGCGCCACAAAUCCCGACCCCUGAUUGGCUGCUCAUCCCACCUGAGACAGAAGGGACCACUUCCGGGAUUCCGAUGUCUCGCUAGGAAGCUAACGUGUUAGCGGCUAGUUCAAGGAGGACCGAAACUAAACACACCCUGACAGAAAGCAGCGACUACAUCCAAAAUAUCUGGCAUGUCAUGCGGUGUUUCGCCGGUUCUUUUUUUAUUUGUCACGUCUCAAAUGGAUAUACAAGUCGCCAAGUUGGAUGAAUGACGGGUCAGAGGAGAUAAAAGUUCCACGCUAUCCAGGGCCAUGAGAUAGUCUGUUGACUCAAAACAACAGAUAAAACAAUACCAAGCCGACGACUAAAGGCGGAGCAAAAGCUGGAUGGAUGUGGAUGUUUGACUUUCCGACCAUGUUGUAGCACAAGAUUUAUUCUUCUAAAUCGUAUGAUGGGAAAGGAGGCUUCUCUGCAGAGAGUUUGGAGAUGGGAUGGGUCCCGGCACCUAGACCCGGCCGUCUACAGUGAUUCCCCGGCCACGCUCCUGCCAGCGCUGUUCGGACUGAGUUGACUCCAGUCGCGCAUUGACACGCGAUCCCAAGGUCCACCAGAGACCAGCCCUCUGAAGAGAAUUGUAUUUUUGAAUGCAACGAGGGUUGAGCAGACAUUUUUAUAAUUCUUUCGUUAUUAACAUUUCUGGUUGGUUUUGUUUUUAAAGAUAUAUAUUUUUUGUUUAACUUCUUUUCAUCCUCCGCUGUUAAAGUUGAGACCAGCGGGUCUUUGCCAUUGUAAGGUAUCCUCACAGCCAUCCCCUCAGUGCCUAAACCCCCCUGCCCCCGUACAUUCUGCACAAGCCCAGAAGUUAUCAUCUACUACACUGAGCUCCCUCAGCUUGAUUCAGUCUCCCUCCCUCAACUGGCUUCUGACCACGGCCUCCCUCUGCUUGCUUCUGCUUUAAGACUGGAGGCCGGCCAUGUGCUAACUUUUGCCAUUGAUUUCCAAAUGCUCUGCGUGAGGGACAAUCUGGACUCUGACUGAUGCAUAUUUAAGGGUGCAUGCAAGGGCUGACGCUAUUGCGCCCCUUUAUUUUGGUUUCACAAGUGCCACAGUAAGAAUUGCGGCAGAAUAUUUUGAAUAUAGUUUGCACCAAAAAGGUCAUCAGUGGAAGCCAUAUAUAAUUAUUUAUGAAUGACCCACACAUCUUUUUUUGUUUAAUGGCAAUGCACAGAAAAUACACAUUAUAAAUGCAUAUGUGAUUCUUCGGAGGAAAGUGGACUGAUAAUUUCGGUGUGGAAAUAUUUUUCUAAAUACCGGUGAAGCCCUCACCGUGAGCCCUCAGUUCGCUGCUUUGUACGACGGCCCCCGUCUGGACCUACUUUAGCUUCCGAUCUGCACCCAUGGCCGGUUCCGCCAUGGCCCCCUGGUCACGGUCCUCGCGGUGACCCAUCGAGAAGAAGCCAUCACAGUAGAUAGGCGGUCGGCCUCCUCCCUGCUCGCCGCCUCCCCCCCCUUUAUCAGUUUGUGACCGGACCUCGGGAUGCCGGGCUUCAGCAGCGGGGGGGUCGGAGGUGGGGUCGGUGGGCCGGCCUCCACUCCGCCCCGCCCCUUCCGACCCAGCCGCUACGUCCCCGUGUCGGCGGCCGCCCUGUUCCUGGUGGGAUCCACCACGCUGUUCUUCUGUUUCACGUGCCCGUGGCUGUCGGACUACCUGUCCGCUGUGAUCCCCUUCUAUAUCGCCGUCGUCUUCCUCUUCACUCUGGCCAACUUCUGCAUGGCCACCUUCAUGGACCCUGGGGUCUUCCCCAGAGCGGAGGAAGACGAGGACAAGGAGGACGACUUCCGCGCGCCGCUCUACAAGACGGUGGAGAUCCGGGGCAUCCAAGUGCGCAUGAAGUGGUGCUCCACCUGCCGCUUCUACAGGCCCCCGCGCUGCUCCCACUGCUCCGUCUGCGACAACUGCGUGGAGGACUUUGACCACCACUGCCCCUGGGUGAACAACUGCAUCGGCCGCAGGAACUACCGCUACUUCUUCCUCUUCCUGCUGUCGUUGACCACCCACAUCGUCAACGUGUUUGGCUUCGGCCUGGUGUUCGUCCUGCACCACCGCGAGCAGCUGGACACGGCGCACGCCGCCGUCACUAUGGCUGUGAUGUGUGUGGCUGGGCUGUUCUUCGUACCAGUGGCUGGCCUCACUGGGUUUCAUAUGGUGCUGGUGGCCCGUGGGAGGACCACAAACGAACAGGUGACGGGGAAGUUCCGUGGAGGUGUGAACCCCUUCACCAACGGCUGCGUGAAGAACAUCUCCCACAUGCUGUGCAGCUCGCAGGCUCCCAGGUACGUGGGCCGGUUGCGGGGCCCCCAGAAGGCAGAAGUGCAGCCUCCCUUCCUGAGGCCGGCCCUCACCGAGGCCCAGCUGGAGGCCAAGGUUCUGGACAACGGCCUCCAGAACGACCGGCACAGUAACCGGUCCAAGAGCAGUCUGGAGCAGCUGGAGAGUCAGUCGGCGGACGUUGAGCCGCCGCCCCCUCCAAAGCCGGAGCUGCGGUACCCCGGCCUUCCCCGCGCCGACACCGAAGAGAGCAGCCUGCUGACUGUGGCUCCUCCCACUCCGUCGAUGUACAAGUACCGGCCAGCCUUCAACAGCCCUUCAAAGAACCACACUGCACAUGCACACCCCAACAAGAUGAUGAUGAUGAUGCGCGGCGAGAGUCUGGACACGCCCUCUCCCUCCAUCCUCCAGUCCAGCCGCCAGCCCGGCUACCGCUCUGAGCCCAGCAGCCUGGACGGCGCCGCGGCGCCGGGGAGGGGGGCGGGGCCACGCAGAGGAGGAGGAGGAGGAGGAGGGGAAAGGGGCGAGGGCCCCGGAGGCCCUGUGGUGGGGGUGCACGUCGGGGGGGUGGCGGCGGGUGGCGUGUCGGGGUACUCCCUGGCGGGCCGCUCCUACACCUCGUACCCGUCGUCCCUGGUGCUGUCGGCCGGCGGCUCGUACGCCUCCAGCGUGCGCACGGCGCACACGCCGCACUCCGCCCUCCCCACGCUCCAAUCGGAGGGCACCACGGACACCAGCUACAAGAGCCUGGCCAAUCAGACGCCCCGCAACGGCAGCCUGUCCUACGACAGCCUGCCGACGCCCUCCGAGAGCCCGGAGUUCGAGUCCGCGGCCCACGAGCUGUCGCCGCCGAAGCCCCCCCCCCACUGCGGCUUCCACGCGGCGGCCGGCGCCGCGGCCUCGCCACCCCCCACGGGGGGGGCCGGGGGCCCGCUGCAGGGCUACACGUCGCCCUUCCUCUCCGCUCAGAUCGCCCAGCAGAGGGAGGGGCAGCUGUUCCAGGGCUCCGCCUCUUUCUCCUCCCCCCACAGGGCCUACCUGCGGGCCGUGAGCCCGACCCCUCCCUCCUCCGGGCCCCCUGAGACCCACCAACUCCUGCAGCACAGCAAGGACUCCGCCCCCUGGUCCCCCCGCGCCUCCCCCCCCAGCUUCUUCCCCUCGUCGCCCCCCUCCUCCUCCUCGCCCAGGGCCCGCUCGCUGGAGCCGCCGGUGUCCCCCCCGCCCCGCGGCCCAUCCCUCGGCAAGUCGCAGUCGUACGGGGCCGAGGCGGUGGCGGUGGCGGCGGCGGCGGGGGCGGGGCAGCCGAAGGGCCGGCCGGCGGGCCCCGGGGUGCCGGGAGGAGGCCCGAGGGCCCCGCAAUCCACCUCUCGCCCAGGCUCGUCCAAUCACGCAAUAUCCAAACCAGGGGGCGGGGUGAAGAAGGUCACGGGCGUCGGAGGAACCACCUAUGAGAUAUCGGUUUGAGCGACAGACGUUCCUUCACCACACCAGGAAGGAUACGACGUCCGACGGAUGACUCUUCUUCUACCGUUCCUUCGGGGGUGACCCACUUCCACCUCUUUCAACAGACUCUCUGUGUGUCCUGUUUGGCAGGGACCUACUAGGCUGGUACUUUGUUUCUUAAAUUUGUAAUACUGCUCGCCUUUCUUCUCUGCCAUCGUUUGAUACUGGCGGGAUAAAAAAACAUGCAGCUCAAAUGGAAGAGGAAGAAAACGUUUUUGUGUUGAACGCACGUCGAACUUGAUUUGCGUUCGCCCCCUUGGCGAGCCGUAGAGCCGGCGCCACUGAACGAUGAGCGUGGACCACACUCGGUACAACCUGAGGAGCUUCUCGGUCAUUUGCUCCCUUAUGCACACGGAGAGUUGCAAUAGUUGUCCCUCCCCCUGUUUUAAAAAAUAUCCCUUUAUCCAUUUGAAAUGGGACUUGAAGAGGAAAGACGGGACAACGAAUCCCCAACGAGACUUCCACUGACUUCCUCUUCCGUGGUCUGAUUGGACCACACACACGCCAAUCCAAGCUCAGAACGACUAAAGAGGAUGCAGUCAAUGUCUACCUUUUCAAAUUGUCCUAUGAUCUAUAUCCCUCAAAACAAAGUAUAAUUUUAGUUUUGUAAAAUUUUUUAAACCCAUUGUUUUAUAGCUGUAUAAAUGGGGUUACAAUUCUUGGGUCAAAUGGUCAGGUAUUGAAAAAAAUGAUUAUUUUUAAUGGUGUUUAAUUAUUCCUGAAAUGAGUUAUAUUGUGUUGCCUGCUAAACUUGAUGGCUGCAUCAGCCACUCAAGAGCUUGCUUCGAUAUGAUCUGUAUCCAAGUAACAUCCCUCGAACCCUUGGCCGACCGUCGCAGUGGCAAAAACAAUGGAGUGACGUUUCAAAAGCCACAAAGAAUUUGAGUCACUGCAGCACAAAUAUUUUUGUGGAAUGUAGGCUUGUAACAUUUAUGCUGAACACAUUAUGCAAAUUAUGUUUUGAGCUUUAAAAUACUGUCAUUUCUUUGGUGUUUCUGGGUUUAGGUUGAGGUUUUUUAUUCUUGCGGGGAUAUACAACGGCAUUAUCUGUCAGGCAAGAUGGUAAAAGUAACCCAGCCAAAUGGGGCAGUGGGAGCAGGGGCUUAUUUAUUUAAUUAGACAGAAAGAAAGUAGUUCUGUUAAGUUCAAAACCAGCUGCUACUUGUCGCCAGACUUUGGUUUGCAAUUAUUUGGCCAUAUCUUUAUUUUUCUAACCCAGAGCAGGUUCGCCUGGUCAGGGUUUGGAACCAUCAACUAAGACGGUUUAUCAUUGAUCAAUGGAGGUUUAGGGGUGUGAAAUAGGGACGUGAGCAUUAAGUGUGUUUGUUUUUCUCACCUCUACACAAUUUAUAACGAUGCAAGCGCAUUUUUUUAUAUGAUUUUCUUCUUUCUUUUUUUAUAACUUCUGUUCUGUCAAGUAUUUUUUGGUAUGUUUCAAUUUGGAUAUUUAAAAAUAUAUAUAUAUAUACUUUAUUUUCAAAAAGGUACAGUUCACAUUUUUGCCCGUGAAAAUGUAUAAAAAAAAAAAACAUUGGUCAGGAUGGAAGUGUGUCGAGUAUCUGUGUAAGUCAGGAUUCAGGGGAUCUGAAAAGCUUUUUUUUGCGCAAAGGAGAAAUGUUUAGAUUAGAACGUCUUCGCUUGGCUUAAAUGUUGCAUGCCUUUCAGUUUUGGUGUGGGGACGACGGAGGCAGGUAUAGGCCAUCCUAGAUUACUUUCUUCAGUGUUUUUCCCUCCCCCUCCUCCCUCCUCCCCCCCAUAUCCCCAGAAGCCAUCUUUGGUGUGCAUGAGGGUUGGGUUUUUAUUUGUUUGCCGUGCUGAACCAAUCCGUGCGUAUUAAUAAAUGGAGUCAUCGUCAUUCAGAGCAUUAAUGGCACAAACAGGACCUGAGAAGGCAACAAUAUUGAUAGCCUCUGAACAAUUUCAAUCUGUGGCUGGAUAGACGUUCAUGUGUAAGUGAGAAGAAAAAAAAACCUGCUAUUGUCGGGCUGCGAAGAAUGAAACUUGUUCCACAAAUAUCUAAUGAAUAUGUAAAAGACAUUUCCAAUAUGGCCUUAUUAAAGAGUUUUUAAAGUGUUCUCAGAAUAAGUGUGUGGAUAGUGUGUGUGUGUGCACAUGAGUGAAGUACUUUUCCUGUUCAAUCAAACUUUACUUUACAAACAUUGCUCUCUUUGUUGAUGACAUGUCAUAUAAAAAGGCACAACAAUAUUUAAAGGUUUACUUUAUACGGUAGGUAAAAGGCAACAAAACUGACCCAACCGCAGUAGAGACACAGGUGGAUAUAAUAUAAAAAACAAGGAUUUCUGCA